ACGACGUCGUAACAUCUCCUUGGCGGAAACACUGUGCUCAGCUCACCAACAUACUGUUCAAUCAACAGAUAAGGCUCCCCAAAACCAACUGAUCCCCUCUCUCUCUCUCAAUCCUCUCAACAAUGGAAGCCACUCUCUUCAACUUCCCCUCCUCCAAACCUCCUCUGCCGUCCUCCGCCGCCCUUUCCCUCAAAUCCCACUUUAGCAACCCAUUCUUCACCACCACCCACCGCCGGAAAUUCUCGCCCAAGACUCCAAGUUUACCCAAUAUCCAAGCAGCUAUAAGCCGCACCAAGAAGGAAGAAACAGUAGAGAAAGUGAAGCAAGAACUCGAGGGCUGCCACCUUAUCGCCGGCAUUGGCUACAAGGGCCUCACUGUCCAACAGUUUCAAGAACUCAGAACCCAACUCCCUGAAACCUCCAAGCUUUUGGUUGCCAAGAACACCCUUGUGCUUAAAGCAAUUGAGGGCACAAAAUGGGAGGCUUUGAAACCGUGCAUGAAGGGUAUGAAUGCGUGGCUCUUUGUGCACAGUGAGGAAAUCCCAGCUGCUCUGAAGCCUUACAGGACUUUCCAGAAGGAGAAGAAGUUGGAAGAUAAUGAUUUCACAGGGGCUGUUUUUGAAGGGAAGUUUUAUGGGCCUGAGGAGUUUAAGGCAUUGGAGAAUUUGCCUACAAGAGCUGAGGUUUAUGCUCAGUUUUUGGGGGCUUUGAAGGGACCUGCUUCUGCUGUUGUUGGGACUAUUCAGGCUCCUGCCAGGGAUUUGAUCAUGGUGCUGCAAGCUUAUUGCAAGAAGCUGGAAGAGGAGGGUGCUGGGCAAUAGUGAUUUUCUUUUUCCUAUCUGGUUGGAUUAUAUGGUAUGUAGCUUCUCUUGUUAAUUGGAAGCACUAUUUUUAUGUAAGGAAUUGUAGCAUAGAUUCUUUGUACAAUUCAAGACACAAUUGGUGAUGCUUCAUUUAAUGAGUCACUGCCCGAGUUUUAUAUAUAUUUUGGAUGGUAUUAGAUCCUGGCCUAGAAAUGAAGCUCGGAUGCUCUUUA